UUUGCUGAAAACAAUAUGCACGUGUAUCGAACUUAAAUCCGUAACUAAAACGAAUCGGUUAGUGUUGUCUUAUACUAUAUAUACGUAUUUGUGUGUUGGGCUACAGUGUAAUUUAAAAAAGAUGAAAGUGAAGAGGUAUAAACACUGUAGAAAGGUGUUAACAUUUUAUCAGAAAAACUUUGGCUUCAAUGUUCCUUACAAAGUGUUGAUUGAUGGGACAUUCUGUAAGGCAGCUCUCAAUUUCAAGGUGAACAUCAGUGAACAGUUGCCGAAGUAUUUCAAGUCGGAGGUUCAGCUGUGUACAACAGAAUGUGCCACUGCAGAAUGUGAAGCAUUAGGCACUCUGCUGUACGGACCUUUAAAAGUGCUGCAGCAGUUUGAGAUUCUGCGGUGUGGCCACAGGCCCCCCACUACAGCAGCCAAGUGUAUGCUGUCCCGAAUUAAGAAGAACAAUGUACACAAGUUUAUGCUAGCUACCCAGGAUGAAGAGCUGACUACAGCAGUUAAAAAACAUCCUGGAGUUCCUCUACUGUACAUAGCGUACAACACCAUCACACUGGAAGCACCAACAGAUUUCAGCAAGCAGUCUGCUAAUGAACAGUUAAAUUCCAAAAUGGCUCCUUCAGAAUAUGAAAUAAUUGGAAAACUUAAAAAAGAAAUGUUCGGUGAGGAGGAAAUUACCAAGAAGAAGAAGAAAAAGAGAAAGGGUGUGAACCCUUUGUCUUGUAAGAAAAAGAAAACCAGGCCAGGACUGGACAAUGCUGUUAAAAAUAAAAAGAAAUGUCGGAAAAGAAAGCGGUUAAAAGCCACAGGACCAAUCACAGAACAAUUGCUGCAAAGUUUGAGAAAAUCAGUUUAGUAUUAAGUUAAUUCAGUUAAAAUUGGUAUCAAGAAUAUUAAAAUAAAUUGAUAAAAGAU